AGGCAGAAGGUAUUGCAAUAGUAGAGACACUGUUUAUGUUGUAUUAUUUUUGCUCUAAAUAGCAGAACAUCAAUGAAAGAUAAUGAAUUGCACCUCUUCAAAAGAGGGAACCGGGUGUUUCUCCUUCUCUUCCGAGUCUUCUCUCUCCACUCUACUCUUUUUCGAAAGAUACAAAAUGGUAUCAAAGCCAAUGGAAAAAAAGGAUGUAGAUGAAAAUGGAAAAGAAAGAAAACUCAGCAACUUGCAGAAAAGCUCAGGAAAUCCCCGAGAAUUUGUUUAAGCAGCAAAUCUAAGCAACAUGAAGCCACAGCAAUAUAGGAGGAGCUGACAUGCUAGGGAAGAUGGCCUUGGCAUCAAAAACAAAGCAUAUGGGGACGGUAAUUGGUAGAUUUUAAAUGUUAUGGUAAAUUUCUUAUUUCCUGCAGCUCUGACAGCAAGGAUUUUCUCUUGCUUUUACAUAGAGGGUUUAACAAACUGAUUAUUGAAACUGAUUCUGAGGUUUCUAAACUCCUUAUUGAAUCUGGAGAUGACAAAUUUUGCUCACUGAGAGUCUUAUUUUUUAUUGCAAGGUUAUGAUGACUCAGCUCCUCGACGCUCAAUUUAUCCACACCGAUCGAGAUGCCAAUUGUGUAGUUAAUUGCCUCGCUAAGAAAGGCCCUUAUUUACAUUCUGCUUUUGUUUUGUAUGAACAUUGCCCUGCUCAUGUUUGUUAUCUUACCUUUUGUACUGUAAUGCUAUUGGGAAUGACCACUUAAUAUCUAAUGUAUCAUGUUAUCUAAAAAGAAAAAGGAAAAGCUUAAGCACCGAGGAAGAGUGCAGUGGGGUUGUGGUGUUAAAGUUGCAACAGUUGGCAGCAAAUUAAAUGCAAAUGAAAGCUGCACUGACAGCACAGUAGCACUAAAGUGUUGCAGAAGGGUAGCGAAGUUGCUGCGUUAAGUCGAAUGACAGAGCAAAAUAUCUCAUUCAUGGUUAAGUGGCAAAGUUACUGGCGUUCGGUAAAAAUUAUUGCACAAGUAAAAGGGUAUGUAUACG